AUGGCGGUGUAUAUAUUCAUCGUCACCGGCUACCAUCGUCACGUCGGGUUUGUUGGAGACUACUAUGCAGAUCCAGGCUUGGCAUCUAUGUCCUGGAAGUCCGGAGAGCCAUAUGGAAGGCCGCGCCAACACAUGAUCAUGUCGGUCGUCAACGUCUUCACCUCCAUGCAACAGCCACUCCUGAAGGAGGACUACACACACCUUUUCCGCGGACUUGAUCCUGACCGAGAAGAGCACAUGACCAAAGCCUGGCAAAACUUCCAAGCAGAUUUGCAGAACGCCCGACAACUUCAUCGCAUGCUUGACAUGGAUGCCUGA